AAAAGAAAGAGAAAAGUGUGAAGAGACAUUGGACACUUGGCGCAUCGAGAGCAAGCUCUUGAAAUCAAGAAGAGAGCAACGCAGCCAAAAUCAAACCCACCACACACACAAACCAAAACUUCCCAAAAUUUUCCCCAAAACAUACCAAAUCAGGAAUACCUCAAAUAACUAUUAAACCAUAGUAAAAUAAAUACCACACCAUCUUAUGUUUGAAGAUUGGGAGUUAGGGUUUAGAUUUGUGAUUUAGAAGUGAUUAUGGUUGUGUUUUGCUUCAGAUUUGGGGGAAAACGGAAGUGAUUAAUUUCAAAGCAUGAAUUUCAAGGGUUUUGGGAAUGAUCCGGACGCCUCCGUGGCUGGCGGAGGUGGGAGGACGACGGCGGGGAGCUUUUCUCUGGCGCGGCAGUCGUCGGUGUACUCGUUGACGAUUGAUGAAUUUAUGAAUAGUAUGGGAGGUUCUGGGAAAGAUUUUGGAUCAAUGAACAUGGAUGAGUUGUUGAAGAAUAUUUGGACUGCAGAAGAGGUUCAAACAAUGGGUGGUGAAGAGGCUGUUAGUAAUCAUUUGCAGAGGCAAGGCUCUUUGACGCUGCCGCGGACGCUUAGUCAGAAGACAGUUGAUGAAGUUUGGAAGGAUAUUUCGAAGGAUUAUGGUCCUAGUUUGGCUGCACCACAGGCUCAAAGGCAGCCAACUUUGGGGGAGAUGACUUUGGAGGAGUUUUUGGUUAGAGCUGGUGUUGUUAGGGAAGAUGCGAAACCGAAUGAUGGGGUUUUUCUCGAUCUAGCGCGGGUUGGGAAUAAUAGUAAUUUGGGUUUGGCUUUUCAGGCUCAGCAGAUGAAUAAAGUUGCUGGUUUUAUGGGUGGUAAUAAUAGAAUGAAUGGUGGUACUAAUGAUGAUCCACUUGUUGGUCUUCAGAGUCCUACUAAUUUGCCGUUGAAUGUGAAUGGGAUUAGAUCCGCGAAUCAGCAACAGAUGCAGAGUUCAGUGUCUCAGCAACAAGUUCAGAAUCAACAACUUCAGCAACAUCAACUUCAGCAGCAACAACAGCAACAGCAACAUCAGCAGCAGCAGAUAUUUCCUAAGCAACCUGUUUUGAACUAUGCAACUCAGAUGCCUUUGUCUAAUAAUCAAGCACUGAGAGGUGGAAUUAUGGGGCUUUCUCCUGAUCAAGGCAUGAAUGCUAAUCUUGUGCAAGGUGGAGGGAUUGGUAUGGUUGGUUUGGCACCUGGGGCUGUUCAAAUUGGUGCCGUGUCACCAGCUAACCAAAUAUCUGGUGAUAAACUUGGAAAGUCUAAUGGGGAUACUUCUUCCGUGUCGCCGGUUCCUUAUGUAUUUAAUGGUGGUAUGCGAGGAAGGAAGGGUAAUGGAGCUGUGGAGAAGGUAAUUGAGAGGAGGCAGAGAAGAAUGAUAAAGAAUAGAGAGUCAGCUGCUAGAUCUCGCGCUCGCAAGCAGGCUUAUACCAUGGAAUUGGAAGCAGAAGUUGCAAAAUUAAAAGAAGAGAAUGAAGAACUUCAGAAAAAGCAGGAAGAAAUCAUGGAAAUUCAGAAAAAUCAAGUUAAAGAAAUGAUGAAUUUGCAGCGAGAAGUCAAGAGAAAAUGCUUAAGACGAACACAAACCGGUCCAUGGUAGAUUGAAGAUUGAAUUAUUACUCCGCAGUUAAAACAUUAUGUAAAUACAUAAAUACAUGUUUUUUCUGUAGAUUGAGGCUUUUGUAGUUUAGAUUAGCCCUUGAAAACUUGAAUGUCUUGCUAACAGUUUGCAUAGUUAGGGAGGAUAUGCACAGUACCGUGAGAGUAUGUUUUAGCGCCCGUCCAAUUUCAUGCCACCAUUAUGUUUGUGCAGAACAGACACCUUUACUGAGUUUGAUUCAGUGAGAGGGUGAAAUAUUUGUUCAUCAUGUACGUACUUCUAUUUAAUGCACUAUUCAUGGGUUUGGACCA